CGCACUGAUUUUUACUUCCUGGAUCCUUUCUCACUCACAACGCUGAAAGAACAUUUCGCUUCGCUCUCCCACCGCUCAGUGCUUCGUUGCGGUCGUACGUGACGUUAAAAAAUUUGUAUGUUGGUGACUUCAGAAUGUGGAGGGCAGUGCUAAUUUUAUGUGAGGUCUUCAUACUUCUCCAGGUUCCUAUUGAAUCGACGGGGACCAUCGGACCUCAAGACUGCACCAUCGACUGUAUCCGUCAGGGGAGACCCGGGUGUGACUAUUGCAGAAUAACCAGUGAUGACAUCAAUCAAGUUCUUGGCUUGACCUCCCCAAAUCUGUUGGGAAAUUGCAUCCCCUGGCCGUGUCUUCGGCUAUUGGGCGACGAGGACCCCAGCAUUUGUCAGCACUAUGUUCAAGCACCCUCUGAUGUGCAAAUCGAGUUUGUACCCAAUCUGGAUCCGAAUUCCGACACCAUUGUCGUCUCAUGGAAGCCGAGCCAGUAUGGUAUUGCCUUCCUGCGAGGCUUUCAGGUGACAAUGCAGCCCUUGACUGGUUCUGCUGCUGCCUGUCAGCUUUUUCUUUUUCGGAGAAACCUCACCUUGUCGGUUUCUGACGCCGAUAAGGUCUACAAGUCAGACCCGUUUCCCGGCCUCCCCCUUGGGUCCCAUUAUGCCAUUACUGUUAUGGCUGUGCCGGUGCCUGAGAGGUGGGAGCGCUUCUAUCACAGCAAGAUCUUCACCACACGAUCAUGUGAAGAGAAAAAUGGAUUCCAGAACUGCAAAGCAGACUGGUAUCCGAAGCAUGUUGAGGUUCAGCAGAGAGGAAAUGUGAUCGCCGUCACUUUCAACUUGGCGCCUCUUAGCUUGGGCAUCAAAACGUACUUUACUAUUUGUUCAGCAAACGGCAAGACCACGUACACAGAGAUUGCACCUAAUUAUUCAUUAAACCGGACCCACCACAGCUUCGAGCUCAGAGACCUCAUAGAAGGAAGCAAUUACACAUGCGAGAUAGCCGCAAACGAAAUUGAUGCCGUGAGGAAAUUGUUCCGAUUUCAAGUCAAGCACUCAGAAGUUGUCUCCGUAUCUCCGAGCUGGACUCUGCUGCUUCCCGUGUGUUGUGCUGCAGUGGGCAUUUUUAUUAUGCUGUGGGUCGUUCUCUGGCGGUGUCACUGCGCACAAAUGAAAGAGUUAAAGAUCAAAUCAGAGUCAAUAAAGCAGCUGGAAGAAGUCGAGGCCCAGAAGGAAGUGAUGAUACUGUCUGAGAAAUGCGAGAACCCUCCUCGUCUUCUGAUCUGCUACAGCAGUAAUGAUGGGCCCGCCCACGUCAAUGCGGUCAUGAAGCUCGGAGCCUUCAUCCAGCAACACAUGGCGACUCAGGUGUGUCUGGACCUUUGGGAUUCCCUGAGGAUGGCCGAGGAAGGAAGCUUAGAGUGGUUCUGCCGUCGGAUGCAGGAAAGUGACUUUGUCUUGGUUAUUUGCUCCAAGGGUCUGUGUCGCAAAGGUGGGUCUUUAGAACAAGACCUCUUGGGUUCUGAGUUGAUGGUCAGCCUCAUCGGAGCGGAAGUGGGCCGAGCCAAAUGUGACGGCAGGGACCUCUCCAAGUACAUGGCAGCGAUAUUUAAUUACUCAGACGAGGCAGAUAUCCCCACCGAACUGGGUCUGGUCGUCCGUUACAGGCUGACCGCUGACAUGCUGCUGCUUUUCUCACAACUGCACCAAGUGCGCCUUCACACACCAGGCCGCUAUUUAAAGAUAAACAAUAUCUCAGAGCAAGAUUUUGCCAUGACACCUUCUGGAUGGGCUUUGCAGCAGGCGAUCAGUGACUCGGAGAAGGCGAUGAACGAAAACAUUUAGCAGGAAGGCAGAGAAGGAAAUGCAAAGGAGAAAUAAAUUAGAAUACUUUUUUAAAUAUUAUUGCUGAUAUUUUACAGGCUACCCUAUAUUGUCUUGACAGAUAGCCUAUUUUGAAAGAAAAAAAUGCAGAACCCCCC